AGGACAUCGAAGUUGGAGCCCACGAAGGCCGCCACAAAAACGGUGCCAAGCCAGCCCAUCCAGAGAAGAAGAAGAAGGAAACGCCCCUGGCGCGUGCUGGAGGCGGAAAUUUCGCCUACCCAUCUCCUUUUCGAGCACACUGGUUGUUGUUUGACCAUCAGUUGAGCUAAAUAUAUCGAGCAAUGGAUGGAGUGAAGGAGGGGAUAGAAAGAAAAGCAGCGUCACAAGUAGCAGUAAUGGGCGAAGGAAAAGAAGGCGAUUGGGAGUGUAGUGGAUGCAAGAACAGGAACUAUGCUUUCCGAUCGUUCUGUAACAGAUGCAAACAACCUCGCCUUCUCGUCGACAAUAAAACCCCUCCAGACUCCAAAUGGCUUCCUCGCAUCGGCGACUGGAUCUGCACGGGUUGCACUAACAACAAUUAUGCAUCAAGAGAGAAGUGCAAAAAGUGUGGCCAACCAAAGGAGAUAGCAGCAAUGCCAGCAAUUGCAAUCCAUGGAGCUUCUUUUCCAACUUAUUCACACUAUUUUGCCAGGACCCAAGGUGGAUUGGAUACAAAGAUGAAUCUUGGAUUAAGAAAUGGCCCUUUACAGCAACUACAUCCUCUGAGCUCCAAUUGGUCCCUGGGAGGUGCUGAUAAGUAUGAAAUUCAUGCAUCUCCAGCAUUUCCUUUGGGUGGAAAUAAUUCUGCAAUCUCGUAUAUGAGUUCCCCUAAUCAGAUCCUUUCAGUUCCGAAGGGUUGGCGAAACGGUGAUUGGAUAUGCAACUGUGGCUUCCAUAAUUACUCUUCUCGUGCACAGUGCAAAAAAUGCAAUGCUUCACCACAAGCACUUGGAAUGAAACGCUUAGCAUCCGAAGAACUCGUUCAUCAAUGGGAUAACAAGAGAUUAAACAUUGGACAGACAAAUGAGCAACAACAGUCUUUCCCAGGGUUUGAGCAGAUGGUUGGUUCCAGUAGUGACCCAAAUGUGGGACUAUUAUAUAAUUCUUAUCCCCACGAAAGUUCUGGUAUAGCUCCAAAUUUGGAAAUGCCAAUGCAGUUCCCCCAACAAGCAACUGCACCAACGCUCCUUGGGAAAGGAGCGAAACAGUGGCGCAACGGAGAUUGGAUGUGCACGAAUUGCAAUAAUCAUAAUUAUGCGUCUCGCUUACAAUGUAACAGGUGCAAGACUCCAAGAGAUUCACUUUCACUGCCACUGAGUGCCAUAUAAGCACAUUUAGACAGACUUCGGGAGGUGGUUGUUCUCGUGCUGUAAGUUUCUUUCAUUCCCUCGAGAAACAAUUUUUCAUUUAGCGGCAAUAACCUCAAGUUUUUGGUUGUUUUAAUUGGCUCUCCUAGUCUCCAAUAUAUUGAUUGAUUAUGAGUUCUUCAUUACUUAGGGAAGGAAGUUUGGCUGUGAAUGACAUUACUAUUUUUGUUGAACAGUUGAGAAUUUUAGAGUUGAAUCAUUAUAUAUAGAUAUAUAAAGAUACAUAUUUUCA